AUGCCUUCUAAAAAAUUUAGGUCUUUCGCUGAAGAAACAGAAGUGCCAGUGGCUGUUCCUGGACAUGUUAAGCGUGUAGCUAUUAUUGGAGGAGGUGCGUCUGGUGCUAUUACUCUCGAUUCUUUGGUCCAAGAGAAUAGCUUUGAUGAGAUUGUCUUAUUCGAGAGAAGAGACGUGCUCGGAGGAAUUUGGGUUUUAGAUGAAAACCCAAUCGAUACACCGAAUGAUGUAUUGCAAGCAGGAGAAACAAGCGCUACAAUUGACCCUCCUUUGCCUAAUCCUUUCAGAGAUGGUCCGCCGGGGGAAAAGGUUCGGAAACUUCGACCAUCACAAAUAAGAUUUGAACAAACGCCAAGUUGUCAUGGUAUGACCACAAACAUCAUUGAGAAAUUCAUG